UUGCCGCAACAGAUCAAGGAGCUUCACUGGGGUCAGAUUAAUUUCCUCUCCACCACUGACACUCACGGCUGGCUUGCCGGUCACCUGCUCGAUGAGAACUACAGUGCCGAUUAUGGCGACUUUGCCGACUUUGUGCGCAAGAUGAAGUCCAAGGCCGAUGUCCUGGGUGUUGAUCUCCUUCUCGUUGAUUCCGGUGACUUGCACGACGGUACUGGUUUCGGCGACGCGACUACUCCCAAUGGAAAGCUCACCCUUCCCAUCUUCAAGCAAUUGCCGUACGACUUGCUGUCGAUUGGCAACCACGAACUCUACACCACCGAGAUCGCCAAUGACACUUACCGUAACUUUGCUCCCAACUGGGGCGGUCGCUAUGUCACCAGCAAUGUAGACAUCAUCGACAAUGGCGUCCGCAAGCCUUUCUCCAACCGCUAUGCUUACUGGCAGACCAAGUUCGGCAUCCGCAUCAUGUCUUACUCCUUCCUUUUCAACUUCACAGGUAACAGCAACGCGACUGUUGUCACACCUGUAGGUACUGCUAUCCAGCAGUCCUGGUUCCUUGAGCAGACCAAGCGCAAGGAUAUCGACCUGUUCUUGAUCACCGGUCACAUCACCCUCCGCGAUUCCGCGGAAUGGAACUUGAUCUACCGCGCCAUCCGGACCUACCACCCCAACACUCCUAUUCAGAUCUUUGGUGGUCACCGCCACAUCCGUGACACCGUCGCUUGGGAUGCUGCUGCUGUCGGCACUGCGGCCGGUCGGUACUGCGAGACUGUCGGAUGGGCUACCAUCGACGGCCUCUCCACCAACGCAACUCGUGCCAGAUCGCCCAUGGGACCCGGUAACAUCAAAGUCACGCCCAACCUCUUCACCAACCAGACCGGUGGAGUCGUUCUGAACGUCACCCGACGGGCAAACUCCAGCCUGACCUACUCCCGCCAAUACCUCGACUUCAACCGUCCCACCUUCGAGAAGCACGUCGCCUCCCUCCGCCAGGGUCUCAACACCUCCUACGGCCAGGGCAUCACCGCGCAAAUCACCAAAAACGUCUCCUCCCUCCCGAUCCUCACCAACGUCAUCGGCUGCUCCCCCGACGACUUCUACCAGUCAUACGUGCCCCAGACCGCCCCGAACAACCUCUUCCGCUACCUCACCACCACCGUCUUCCCGGCCGUGGUCUACGCCCCAGGCCGCAACACCACCUCCCACCCGCGUAUCAUCCUCACCAACACCGGCGGAUUCCGCUACGACCUCCUCAAGGGCCCCUUCACCAUCGACAACGCCUACCAGACCAACCCCUACACCAACCUCUGGCAAUACAUGACGGCGCCCUGGGGCGUGGCCAAGAACCUCCUGGCCAACAUGCAGACCGACGCCCGCUACCGCAAACGCCAGACCAGCAGCGUCCCCGCCACGACCUACGACAACACCACCGGCCUCUACACCACCGCGGGCUACGCCACCAAGGACGACUUCGGCUCCGACGGCGACAACACCCUCCACUACGACCAGGGCUACUACCCCACCCCGCGCUACGUGGCCGCCAACGUCAGCGUCUCCAACAUCUCCGACAGCACCCUCGUCGACGUCUACGUCACGAGCUACUUCGCCGCCGCCGCCGCGGCGUACCUCCCGGGCAACACGACGGAUUGGAUCAAUGUGCUGAACAGCACCGGGGGCGGAUACACCAGUUUCGAUACGCUCCCUACUUACGCGAGGCUGUUCUGGAGUAAGGACUGUUAG